ACUGGGAUUUAUUUGCUUCUAAAUGAAAUGUAUUCAGGAGGUGUGGAAGCAUGGCAAAAUCAGGAGGGACCAGAUCAGAAGCUGUGUGUAAAUUGUGUGCUUCUGGAUUUUAACCUGGGGGUUCAUUCUGUGAGUGCUGCACAGAGCUGUCUGUAGAGUCACGCACCAUCCAACAUAAUUUUUUUGCAACACUACAAAACUUGUUCUUCGUGCAAUUGCACAAUUCAAAAGACACCUUAUUUAGAGGAUUUGGAGCAGAAUUUGCUUGCCAUCAGCCUGAGUAAAGUUUUGAACUGUCCCUUAGGUGGGAGAUUGCUGGUUGUUGAUUCCAAUAAUGCACUGCACCCUCUUGUUUUCUGAGUGUAGCAUCAGAAACAGACCUGUUGAAGCUCUCUUGAGUGGAUUUCAGGCUCUACAUGCAGAGGGUAGAGAGACAUCUGUCUGAAGUCAUGUGUCAAGAGCAUAAACCCUGGAGAGGGUCAUGUUUCCAGCAUUUCCUGCUAAGUUAAUAGGUUUCUCAAUCUUCAUUGCAAGAUACAUGGCUGUCCUUUUCUGCACCGCAGACUUCUGGGUUAUAUUUGGGAGUCAAGCACCUGAAAAUAAGAAUUUGAAAAUGGUAGCUGAAUUUUAAAUGCGUAUAUGCUUUUCUGCUGAAUUCAUUCCUAAACAUGACUCUUCAUAGCACCAUUUGUGACAGCAGUUUUGCAAAAGCUCUUCCAGAAAUGCAGGAGGGAACCUCCAGGAGACAGAAAGGUGUUCUUGGUCCAGAUAGCACUAUUUGCUUGCUGAACCCUGAGAAAUGGGACUGAGUCUUGCUGGGACGGACCCUUUGGGAUAAGGGGCACUAGUUCAAGGUCACUAUGCAAGUCUCUCCACUUAACAGCUUGGUCUAAGCACUUUGGAAAAAUUCACUGUGUGGAAUCAGUGAGCUGUUGCUUGUACUAUGACUGAAUUUAUUUUGUGCAUUGAGAUUGAGGAUCACUGAAUAUGUGACAGCUGUCCGGGUUUGAAUGGGGCCUCAUUUCUUCCUCCCAUCUCUUAUUAAAGCAUAAAGUUAAAUAUACACUAAAUACUGCAAGAAAUCUGGAAUUUCACAUUAAACUUGUGCUGAUGAAGGAUGUGGCUUUGGGGAAAUUGGUGGGUUUUCCCAGGAAGUCUCAGGCUUUCCUAUGUUUUUGAUUUGUAGAAGUGAAAAGUAUCGUAAUGGGUUGAACGUUCUUCUACAACUUCUUGAUAUUUAAUCAGUGCUUAGGAAGGAUUUGCUUGUUUCUCCUCUUUCCUCCUUGUAGUCCAGGCUCUUUGCCUGGCUAACAGCUCCCCUGAUUUGCUGUGGUCUUACCUGGCUAAGGUAGAUGCCAAUUAAAUCUGCCUUUUUUUUUUUUUUUUAUACAGCUCUCCUGCUAUUGCUGUUCUGAAAGCAACAGGAAAGACUGAAGAGCAAAGAAGGAGAGUAGAAAACAUAUUCUAUUUUUAGGACAAGAUUGACUUAUCUUGUGUUUAUCCUAGCUAGGGGGAUAGUGUUUCCAGAGACCUCAUUAGUAAAGGCUGCACAAGGGCUGAGUUAAUUUUAACUGCCUGGCAGUCAGCAAGCAUGGAGCCUGCACAAGAACCAGAGGAGCUGGGACCUCACACAGAAAUGGUUGCAGACACAGUUCUUGAGGUUGGAGAGAGACUCUUUCAGGUCAGCCGUAGGGUACUUUCAGUACACAGUCGUUAUUUUGAAGCCAUGUUUUUUGGGGGGGCAAGAGAGAGCUCUGAACACCACAUAGUGAUCAGAGGGAUUGAUGCAGCACCUUUUCAGGCGCUACUUGAGUUCACUCGCACAGCCCAGGUGCUUAUAGGUCAAGAAAAUGUGACCAGCUUGCUGGAAACAGCUGACUUUUUUCAGUUUGAUAGGGUGAAACUGUUGUGUGAGAAAUUUCUGGAGAGAGAGCUGCAUGUUUCCAACUGCCUGGGCCUGAUGACCUACUCGCAGCAGUUUGCCUUUAUAGAGCUGUAUGUGUCUGCUAUGAAUGUGGCUCUCACUCACUGGGGGGAUGUGAUGUGCCAGGAAGAAUUUAAGGCACUACCCAAAGAAGUGCUGAUGCAACUCCUAAAAAGCGAUGACCUCUUCGUUUUGCGAGAAGAUGUGGUUUUUGACAGUAUUAUGAGGUGGAUAAUGGAGGACCCAGCAACGAGGGAAGACGACUUCCUGGAUUUGGUGGGCGAAGUCAGGGUCACGUUUCUGAGUUUGUCCUUCCUUGAUAUCUUGGUGAAACGCAGCAAGCGCCCUGGAGAGACAGAUACUUUUUCCAGAUUAAUAAAGAAGUUAGACAGCUGUCCUCCACCCAGCUGGCAAAAUACAGAACUGUGUCCUUGCACAGGUCGGAGCUAUGACACCCUGUAUGUCCUGGGAGGAAAGCACGACAAAGAACAGCAAGAAUUAUUUCUCUUUCAACCUAAAACAGGGACCUGGCAGGCUUGUUCUCCACUGCAGCGCAGGAACCUCACCCAAUACGCAGUGGCAGCAGUAGGGAGCUUCCUUUUUGUGACGGGAGGAUAUUUCCGGGAUGAGUUUGUGUGGUAUAGUGUGGAUUGGGUGCUUAUCUACAAUUGCUUGGACAAUAGCUGGCUGGAAGGGCCUGCCAUGAAGAAGUCCCGCAACAGCCAUUGUGCAGUAGGAGCAGGGCUCUACCUGUACGUACUUGGAGGGAGCACAGAUGAGGGGAUAAUCCCAGCAGUGGAGCGCAUGGCUUUGAUGGAGUCAGAGUGGGAAAGCAUGAGUCCUAUGGCUCAACCUGUGGAGAGAGGAGAUGCAGUCAGUGUGGGAACUAGGAUCUAUGUGGUCUGUGGCCUGGAUGAAAAUGGACAUGUAUAUGAUGGAGUGCAAAGGCUGAACACGGAGACAGACAGCUGGGAUGUCAUCUCAUUCUCCCCGCUUCCAAGGUAUGACCUCUGCAUCACAUCACUGAAUGGUGCUCUGUACACCAUAGGAGGGGGAGCUUUUCGAUUUGAUGUGGAGACAGAUGAAUGGACCCAGGUGGAUGAGGAAUGCUUGACCCAGAAGUUCUUCAUGGGAUGCAGCACUGUGAAUGGACGAAUUUAUCUCCUUGGACAGAGGAAGGGGAACAGUGCCCUUCCUGUUGUAGUUCUCUUUGAUCCCUACAUUGAUAUGUGCCAGGUCAUAGAUAACAAACUCCCUUGCCCCCUUCCUAUUCAUGGCUGUGUCUCUGUGCGAAGAUUUGAUACAUGGGCGUAAGCAAUGCUAGAUCCAGUAUAACCAAAAAGAAAAAGUCAUGCACUUUACAGCUAAUGGGAGUUAGAUUGCAUCAAUUUUGGUCUGUGAAAUUUUUUAAUUUUGAAAAUAGAUCUGUUCCUUGGUAACUUCUGGUUUGUUUUGGUUUUUUUUUUCUACCUGGCAAAUGAACUAGAAGCAAAAGCCAGUGAAACUUCUGUGUCUAUGCAAAGGUUGCAGGUCAUUAUUGGAAACAGCGUUGUGAUGGUACAUAAACUCCUCAGGGUUGAUGCUGAAUAAAGGGAUGCUCUGAUCUUUAA